AAAGCUUUUUGAUUGGCUAUAUUGCUCGAACCACGUUGACAGGUGGUAUGAUAACCGCUCGUGAUUACUAUACGAGUUUGUAGUUGGUAAUGGUGGCUGAGUCGUGGCUGUAGAUCACUACCUGGGUUAAAAAAAGUGCGAAAUGGGCAGACACACCAUAGAAAUUGAUUUGAAUGAAAGCGCGAAAGGAGAAAAGGUGGAGAAGGAUCCAUUCGGAAUCGCAGACGAUGUUGAAUUAGAUGAAGUAAAAUGGUCAGAUCUGCCAACCCGAACAAAAGUCGGCCGAACUGUGAAGACGACAACCAAACUUUUGGUUCUUCUUGCGCUCUUGUACCUGUUCAUCUGCUCCUUGAGUUUCCUGAGCUCAGCCUUUCGUCUUCUUGGGGGAAAGGCAGCUGGCGAGGCAUUUUCUUCAAACAAGGUUCUCAAAAAUCCAGUGGCUGGACUAAUGAUUGGAGUUUUGGCAACGGUUCUUGUCCAAAGUUCGUCGACAUCAACGUCCAUCGUUGUUGCGAUGGUAGCUUCGAAAAUACUCACUGUUCAAACAGCCAUACCAAUCAUUAUGGGAGCAAAUAUUGGCACAUCUGUAACUAACACAUUUGUAUCACUGGCCCAAGUUUCAGACAGAGAUCAGUUCAGACGUGCUUUUGCUGGAGCAACAGUGCAUGAUAUGUUCAACAUCCUCUCUGUCCUGGUCUUUCUGCCAAUUGAAGUUGCCUGUGGGUACCUGUAUCAUCUAACAAACAUUCUUAUCAAGAAAAUGAAUCUCCACCAAAGUACAUCUUCAACAAAAAAGGAAUUUCUCUCAAAGCUUACCAAACCCUUCACAAAUCUCAUUAUUCAACUGGAUAAAGGUGUGAUUACAAAAAUUGCCCAAGGUGACAAAGAUGCAGCAUCUAAAAGUCUUAUAAAAUACUGGUGUGACAAAGGAAAGAAACAAGUGAUCAAAAUCCAAGCCCAGAAUGCCACGAAUGCUACAUUAAACAACACAUUCAUCAACAAAACCAUAACUGUACAUUCCAAACCAUGUGCAUUUCUUCUUCACGAUACUGGGCUUAGUGAUGGAGUGAUUGGGUUGAUCAUGCUGCUUGCAUCUCUUAUUAUUCUCUGCUUUUGCUUAGUUGGUAUUGUAAAACUACUUCACUCAAUGCUUCAAGGCAGAAUAGCUACUGUGAUCAAGAAAACUGUAAACAAUGACUUGCCAAAACCUUUUGGUUUUUUAACUGGAUAUCUGGCAAUUGUUAUUGGUGCUAUAAUGACAAUAUUGGUUCAGUCAAGUUCAAUUUUCACUUCAACCCUAACGCCGCUGGUCGGUUUGGGUCUUGUUAGCCUAGGAAGAAUUUUCCCAUUAACAUUAGGAUCAAAUGUAGGUACAACUGGAACAAGUCUUCUUGCAGCAAUGGCCAGCUCUGGUGACAGUCUCCAGUAUUCAAUUCAAAUAGCACUCUGUCAUCUUUUCUUUAACAUCUCUGGAAUUUUGGUAUGGUACCCAAUUCCUGCAAUGCGGAAGGUUCCUCUGAGCAUGGCCAAGUUCCUUGGUAAUACAACUGCAGCCUACAGAUGGUUUGCCCCAGUGUACAUAGCUUUCUUCUUCUUUGUAAUUCCAGGAACAGUUUUUGCACUAUCAGUUGCUGGUCCAGAAUGGUUGCUUGGCAUUGGUGGCUCCACAGCCAUAUUGCUCAUUUUCAUUUCUGUAGUGAACAUUCUUCAAAGUAAAACACCAAGAUACCUUCCAAAGGUGCUGAGGAAUUGGGAAUGGGCGCCUAUGUGGAUGCGCUCAUUGGAGCCAUAUGAUAAGUUUCUUGUGAAAAUUGCUAGUUUCACAAAGAGAUUACGGACUGGAAAAAGCAAUAAAAGUGAAAUUAUGAUUCACUUACAAACAGGUAAUUAUGGUAAUAUUGAUAAAAAUUUACCUGAAUUUUCAAUAGUCUCUACAGUCUAGCUUGGAAUUAUUAGGGAAUAGACCAAUUGAUAAUGCAUUCAUGUUGCUGUGAAUACAAACCAUGUAUAUAAAUAUGUGUAUAUAUACAAAAGUGUAUAUGGCAAGGCAUGUGCAUGUGGCAUCUUCUGGUACCUGCUACAGAAAUGUGGCAUCUGCCAUGAUUCAUGUAAAAACUAAUUUAGAAAGGUUUGGUUGCAAACCUGUAAGCUGAUGCCAAAUUUUCCAUACAAUGAAAUUGAAAUGCUAAAGCGAUGCUUCUAUAAAAGGUCAGUGAAUACAUCCAGGAUAACAAAUACAUCCAGUUUUGACUCCCAACAUUUUUACAUGAAAUUUUGAUAUUUCUGAUCAUGUUAUCUUCAAUAAAGUACUUAAUGCGGAAUGUUACAGGUAGGAUUGAUGUAUUCAAAUUGGCCUUAUUUUGUUAAGGUAGUUUUUAUUUAAGAUCUUUGUGUCAUUUAAAUUGGUUUUUGGCAAAGAAUGCUGGAAACCUGAUACAAGGAUCCCCAAUAUAAUUACCUUCCCAGUGUAACAAAUUCAUCUGGUUAAACUAGCUUUCAGUUCAACAAACUCAGGAUUUCAUUCGUGUAUCUUGAUGACACUUGCUAGUUUUUCUCUUUUUCCAUGUUGUUGAAAAAGACCCCAUUCAUAUAAAAUGCACAUCAAACUUCUAAAUUUACUGAAAUACACUUAAAGUACUCCUUUGGGUUGUCUAUAUCCUUGAAAAUCUAUGUUUGUACGACUAGUUGUACUUUAAACUGGAAAGGUAUGAUGAUGGUUGGGUAUGAUAGGAUUUUGAAACUUACAAACUUGUAUUGCAACUGUUUGGAAUAUCACAAAAGCCCCUACAGUUCUCCCAACAUAGAUUUUCACUCACUUUGUUUAUUUUACAGCAAAUUUUACAGGUAUGGUAGGGUUGCUUCGUGUUUGUUAGUGUUGUUAGAUUUAGUGAAACAAAGUUAAAUAUUUAUCACCA